GAUCUAUACAGUACAUCCCAUCCCCAUCGCAUCCCGUGGUCUCUCAUCCCCAUCCCAUCCCAUCCCCAUCGCAUCCCAUCCCUUUUCGUCGAGCGCCGCCGAUGGAGUGGGACGGCGACUGCAGCGAGGUCGGCAUGAACUCGGUCCCUGACGGCGUCGUCCAGCUCAUCCUGUCGAUGCUCAGCAACGCCCGCGACGUGGCCGCCUGCGCCUGCGUCUGCCGCCGCUGGCGCGACUGCGUCCCCUACCUACCCGCGCUCUUCUUCCCGCGGAACGCCUUCGAACCGGCCAGGGGCGCCGCGGACGAUGUCAUCGGCCGGAUGGUGGCGUCCGUCGCGCGCCUCAGGGAGCUGGUCAUCUACUGCCCCUUCUCCAUGGCGCGCCUCCCGGUCUGGCUCGCCGAGCGGAGCGCCACGCUCCGGGUGCUCGAGCUGCGGAUGGACGCCGCCGCUGACAAGGUCCCGGAAGGUGGGCACCUCGACUGCAUCGGCCUGACUGCGAAUCUGGAGGAGCUCAGGCUCUGGGGAGUGUCUCUCACGGCCCCGCCGGCGUGGGGCCGGAUGGAGCGGCUCCGCGUGCUGGAGGUUGUCGGUGCGCCGCUGCGGGAUAGCGCCGUGAGGGACGCCAUCGCCGCGUGCCCCAACCUCACCGAUCUGUCUCUGCUUGGAUGCGACUGCUCCGGCACGGUGGCUAUCGAUCUUCAACAGCUCGAGCGUUGCCGGCUCGACAUCCUCGGCGCCGGCAACUGCUCGCUCUUGCUCACCGCAUCUCGUCUGGAGUCACUCGAGAUCCAGGGCUUCACCUGGAUCACUCUGCGUGGUGGCCACAACCUCCGCCGCCUCUCAAUUGCCAAGAGCACCGGGAGGCUUCACAAGGUGGACACUGGUAAUCUCCCAGAUCUGGAUCACCUGUCGCUGCGCGGUGUUCAGUGGAACUGGGGAGCAGUGAGCUCGGUGCUGCAGUGCGCUAGCGAGGUGAAGCAUCUAGUGAUGAAGAUAGAGUUCUGUGGCGACCUGGACGCACUCCAGCCGUUCCCGGAAGUCGAUUUGGUUGACUUCUUCGACAACCACCCCAAACUCCGCAAAUUUGAGAUCCAUGGUGCCAUGUUCGCUGCCCUGUGCCAGAAAAAUAGCCUGAAAAAUUUGAAUUCAAGGUUCCUCAUCCCUUGUUUGGAAGAGGUUCUGAUCACUGUACGCUCCCCACUCAAUGCUGAACAGAAGCUGAACACUCUCGAGUCGCUUCUGAAGUACAGUGUGAAGCUGCGGACGAUGAUCAUCAGAAUCUCACAGAUGAAGAAUUGCCACGAGGCUGCUGAUGAGUUCUUUGAGGAUAUAUGUAAGUUCAAGUACAUGAACUACAAAAAAGUGAGAAUUGAAUAAGUGGAGAUGCUGUUUUGAUUUUUAAAGUUAAUCUGACCGAGGACUCGAUUUUUUUUCAUCCCAGAAUAAUUUUAUUGUCAUUAUUGUCAGAGGAUUCAUUUUGAACCUCUUGAGUAGUUAAGUUUUUUUUUUAUCAUCUAGUCUAUAUAUUGAGUACUAGAGGGAGUUGUUGGAACAAUUCCAUCGAGUAUUGUGGCUGCAAAUUGUUGUUGUAAUCGUCUCUGUUCCAUAGCAAACAUUUUUCAUCUACGAGCAAUUCCCACCAUGAA